AUGGCGGAGGAUCUCGGGCUGAACAGGUCUAAGGAUCCUGCUUUGGGAUUACAGCCGCCCAGGACGUCCAUCGCAGAGAAGUUGAUGUUGACCAAGAAAAAGAUGGAAGUGUCCAAGGAAACAAACAUGCAUUCAUCAGUUCAUUCCUCUCAACAGCUUCCUGUAAGUGUUGGUGCAAAAUUUGAAUCUCGUGGUACCAUUGCAUCUGGUGCUUCUAGGAUUUCACAGGACAAGAGUCCUAUGCCAACAUCCUCUGGAGGCUUUCAUAAUUCUUCAACUAUAUGUCAUGUUCCUGUGCUGGCAUGGGCUGCCCCUAAUUUGAAGCAGUCACUGAUUAGUGAUGCGCAAGCUGGUGUCAAUACCAUUAAACAUUCAUCUAGUUCCCGUGAUAAGGCUUUGCCUUUAGCACAUAAUGGAUUAAAUGCUAGACCUAGUGGACCAUCUUAUCUGACACAAGAUCAAGCUGAAAAUCCACCUCGGAAAAUCCCAACAAUCUCUUCCAUGCAAUCACCAUCUGUUGCUGCUGUGUCAAGGUUUAGCCAACCAAACAAAUUGUUGGAUCAUACUUCAAUUAGGUCAGAGGAUACAGAAAGUUUGCUUGUCUGUGAUGCUUAUGAGAAAGGAAACCAUUUGAAAUGUCUUCAAUCUUAUGGCAGCAAAGACAUUCCUAAAGUAGAAUGGCAUUGCCCAAGCUGCUUGGCAUCAAGUAAUGGAAAGACCUUGCCACCCAAAUAUGGAAGGGUCACAAGAGCUCCUGUUCCAACACCAAGAGCUGCUCCAAAUACAAGCAUCAAUGUUGCUUUUAAGAAAAUAGAAGAUUUGGAUCCUAACAUUAGUCGACGGAAAGCACUAGCCAACAACAAUUCUUAUGUGUCUCAACAUUCCAAUUCUUUGAAUUUGGGUGGCAGCCAUUAUGAUUCAAUGGUAAUUGGUGCUAAAAUGAAUUCGAGGACAAAUGGAGUUAAGAGAGACAAUGAAAAAUGUGAUGCAGUAGGUGAUCUUUUGGAGGAAACAAAUGGAUCUGUAUGUGCUAAUUCUGAUGCAUCUUGUGGGUAUCCCAACAAUAUUGAGAAUGAUAGUGGCUUCAAUUUGCCUGGUGGAGUUCUGAAGUGUAGCUACGAUGAACAUGGAGCUCCUCACUCGGAUCUGCAACUCAAUGAUGAUCCCAGACCCAACAAUGGGAAAAUAGAGAUCUUCUCUUGA